AAGAGCUUCUAUAAGUGUGUUCAGUACAUUGGAUGAUAGUGGACUGGCAUGGGCAUUGAAAGAAAUAAUGAGUUACCUCCAGCUCCUACUUACUUUGUAGACUGUUUGACGCAACAUGAGAAGCUCAUGAGAGAUCCUGAAAGAAAAUAAUGGCCAGUGGUUUUCGGUUCUGGUUACAAGUGCGUCUCUACGUCUCUACACUAUCAACGCACCUAUUCAGCACUCCUCAAGCAUUCUUCGGUUGCUCAGUUUCCGAUCAGUUUUUAGUACCGGUAUGUGUUAGGAGUGUGGCGUAGGGCUCUACAGGUAUCUUCAGUAUUCGUGUGAACUAGCUCCACCCCGCCACGUAAUUUGCUGCACGUGGACCAACCAUCAUAGCUCUUGUGGUUGACAGCUGCAGCAUUCUGGUUUGAUUAUCGGAGCGGUCACAAGAGCUCACGAUAAGGAAAGAGAGAAAAGUUUUGCACUUCUUUCUUUUGCAUAAAAACCAAACUUGGGACUUCUUCCUCUUUUCUCGUCUCGAGCGAACUAACCAAAGCAACGGAACGAUGACCAGCAACCACAGCACUUUCCAAGCUUCUUCAGGAGCCACCAAGAUGGACGACGCCCCGGCAAUCGUCAGUGGCAGUGUGGCCAAGUGCAGCUAUCGCGACCUCUCCCAGGAAACGGAGAAGAGUGGGCAAGCUCUCGAUGAAUCUUUCCCCACCAAGCUGCACUUCAUGCUGGCCGAUUUGGAGAGAGAUGGUCAUGACUUUAUUGUCUCUUGGCAUGUUCAUGGAAGAUGCUUCUCAGUUCGCCGUCAGCCUCUCUUUGUCAAGCAUGUUAUGCCAUGUUACUUCCGUCAGUCCAAGUUUCCCAGCUUCCAGCGCCAAUUGAACCUGUACGGCUUUCGAAGAAUCACUUCCGGCCCAGACAAAGGAUCCUACUACCACGAGUGCUUCCUUCGAGGGAAACCCUUUCUGGCAAGCCGCAUCCAGCGCCAGAGGAUCAAGGGAACCGGAUCUCGCAAGCCCGCGGUUCCUGAACAAGAGCCAUGCUUUCAUGAAAUGCCCUUUCUUCCACCCUCUGACAUGGCCAAGUACAAGGCAGCAGCACCAGCGAAUGAUGCCGUCGCUCCUACGGCCACUUCCGUCGGCAGGUUGGCAGAUACUCAUCUCCAGCUUCAACAGAGCCUUCUUGGCCUCCCGCCCCCUCCUCGCUUGGAGUCCGUGUUGGGGGUUCCUUCCAGUGCAGACGUUCUAUCGAUGCUCUGCAGGAACAGGUCGCCCAGCGCAGCACUGUCCCAACCGUUGUCGGUCACAGGGUUGGCUUCGGCUUCUCCUCUGACCGCAGUUAUGGCCACCAGGCUAUCGGCAGCCAAGUUGGCGGCAGCGAGAGCAGUGGCCAAUCCUCCAGCAAGAAGAACCUCUCUGGCCGUUCCGGACGUAUCCAGUAGUCUUUUCAGCCCUCCUCGGCUUGCCGCUCGCCCUUCCGCCGCUGCAGCGUUGGCAGAGUUCGACCGCGCCUUGGCCAUGGGGGGCGCUGGUGGGGGAAACAGUGUGGUCAGACAGCUCAUCAACCGAAGCAUUGCCAACAGGCCUAAUGCUUCUUCCCUCUUUACUCAGACAAACGCCUUCUUCGGUGGCUACUAGAGAACAAUGCCAAAUCAGAACAAGGAAGGAAGGCGACAGUACUACAAUUUUGAUCCACUUGAAUAUAUACUGUAUGCACAUCAUAAACAAACACAAAAGACGAAGAUAAAAAGUCACACAACGUACCUGGUAAUAAACUCUAAAUACAUAAUGUACAUGGAUUAGAUGAACGUGAUGAUGAUG